AUGUUGUCCAAGACUUUUGCCGUCCUGGCGGCGGCGACGUUGACGUCGGCCGCUACGCCCAUGGGGUUCAUGCCCUCUUCAAACACCCCUCUAAUCGUUUCUUACGGAGGCAUCUCGGCACUGGAUGGCGUGAACCUACCCAAAGACUCUAGCCAAGUUCAACCCACGAUCGCAACUGAACAACAGCUGAAGGGACAGUACGCGGUGAUAAUGGUGGAUAUCGACGUCCCGACAAACCAGCCGCCCAAGACGGGCACGCUGCUCCACUGGUUGCAGACGGGCCUGAUGUCCGCCGACACGCCCGUGACGCUCAACACGACCGCCGGACCGAAAAAGGUCUUCGUUAUGCAGAACAGGAUGAACGCGGCCGCCCUCGCGCCGUACAUCGGUCCCAACCCGCCGGCAAGGGAGCCCCUCAGCCAUAGGUACACGUUUGUCGCAGUCGACCACACCAUGAUCACGCAGCAGGGUCUCAUGGCCCUCUCGGGCGCCGCCCAGAACCGUCGCGACUUCAACGUCAUGAACGGCUUGAUGGCCGCCGGGCUCCAGGACAAGGUCGUUGCCGGCAACUUCUUCCGCGUCACGAACCCGGGACCCGUUGGCGCUGGACAGGGAAUGCCCGGAGGAGGAAACAGCACCACUGGCGCCCCCAAGCAGCCGAUACCCGUCCCUCCCAGCGGCACUCCUACGACCCCCGAUAUGCCCGGUAUGCCCGGUAUGCCUGGUAUGCCCGGUAUGAGCAUGCCUCCGGGAAUGCCCAUGCCCAUGCCCGGUACGCCUGCCCAGACUCCCAGUGCCAGCGCGCCACCCAUUGGAGGCGCUCAGCCGUCGGCCCCUGCUCGUGCAGGUGCUCUCAGCCUCAGCCCGGGUCUCGGCGUUGUGUCAAUGGGUCUAGGCCUGGGCCUGAUUGGUUCGCUUUUCGUGUUGUUGUAA